UGUUUGUCUACGUUAGUGUUUGACGUGUGACACACUCAGAGGUUAUAAUCGUUGAAUGUUAAAAAUGAUAGACAAUCAGGAUUCAAGCGACGAAAUACAGUCGAUGGCGCGGAGGUUUCAGACUGUGACAACGAUAGAGAACAUUAUGAGUGGUCCUAGAGAGGCUACGGAGCUGAUUAACCCACUAUCGUCGAUCCGCCAAAACUACCACGCCGCCACUAUUCCAAUGCAAGUUCAUAACAAGCAGGAAAUGAAGAAGGAAGUGGAAACAUAUAAGACUGAUGAAAAUGAUAUGGUACGCUCGUUGCCAGAGAUUAAUCUGCCUGAGAAAAUAGUAUUGAUAAUUGACAUUACCAAAGAGAAGGACUGCACCCAAUUCAAGUUAGGAACAGGAGCUACCUACAUGCCUAUGUUUUUAAUAAAAAGAGUUGUUGAAAUUUUCGUUGGUGCAAAGUCGAUGAUCAAUCGAAACCAUGAGUUUGCUAUAAUGACUCUAUGCUCUGACUCGAUCAAAUGGGUUUGCGACUUUACCGCCAAUAUCAAAACCGUUCUCAACACUCUAGAUUCUCUCGCAGAAGAGGAACUCAAUACAGACGACACUUCAUUUGAUCUAAGCCAAGUGUUCGAGGCUCUUAACACUCAUACCGAUUUGCCAAGGGACACGGACUCCAAUGAUAUCCCCUCUUUCAUCACAAGGGCUAUAUUGAUUUACUCGCGGUCAAACUGUAUUCCCCGGUUUCAAACAGGAAACAAAUUUUUCGAGUUGUUGUCAGAUAAUCCAUACUUCAUACUGGAUGCUUUGUUUAUUCACGAACCGCCAAGUAGCGAGAACAUGUGUGAAGAAGUUUACAACGAGCUUACGGCUCUAGAUGCUAAGAAUUUAUCUUAUAUCCUAGAAGUUGGAAGAAACGCCACCAAACUCCAUGACAAUAUGGCCAAAUUACUCGCACAUCCUAUGCAGAGGCCCUUGCAAAAGAAUACUUCUUACACCAUUUGCAUACCUGGAACGGAAGAAAUUCACUCAAAUGUUUAGUAAUGAUUUUUUUAUUCCAAGAAGAUAUUAUUUACUUUGUUAUCAUACUUAGUAGCAUGAUCAUCCUAAUAUGUCAUAUGCAGAGUUUCACUUGCAGCUUCAAAGACGUAACGGUGUAUAUUUUCAAAAAUUUUGAACAUAAAAUACUAAGGUGUUAAACCUUAUGCUCAGUCAACAAAAACAAUUAAAACUUACCUGACAGGUGUUAAUUACCAAUUUCAUCAUGAGCUCUUCCAUUUGCAAUCUUACAUUUAUAACAAUUUUGUAAUGUCAUCACUUUUUAAUUUCUAUAUGGUGCAUAUGUAAGGCUAUUGUAACAGACCUCACACGCCUUAUUUUUAAGUGUACGACUAAUAUAUUGCUUUUCU